UUGGCGUUUACGGCUCGAUCUGACCGGGCGCCAGUUGGCGGCCGUUGGUAACGGCAGCGCGCGGGUUAUGUUGAUGAUGGCGGCGGCGGUGACGACGCCGGAUCCGAGUGGUGCAGAAAGUUUUAAACGCCCCGUGAUCGCUGACCACCGCACCCAACAGUUGUAAACAAACACUUUGAGAGGCGCCGGCGUUGGAAAGGUGGAAGUGAUGAAUCAUGGCCUCGGUGAAGGUGGCGGUGCGGCUCAGACCGAUGAACCUGAGGGAAAAAGAACUGGAGGCCAAAUGCAUCAUACACAUGGAAGGAAACAAGACAACAAUCACAAACUUGAAGAUUACAGAAGGAAGUUCAGGUGAUUUUGGGCGAGAGCGGAUUAAAACAUUUACUUACGACCAUUCUUACUGUUCUGUUGAUUGCAGAAGUCUCAAAUUUGUGUCUCAGGAAAAGAUAUUCAAGGAGCUUGGCACAGAUGUCCUUAAAGCUGCAUUUGAAGGCUACAAUGCUUGUAUUUUUGCUUAUGGCCAGACUGGAUCUGGAAAAUCGUAUACAAUGAUGGGAAACCCGGAAGAUGUAGGCUUGAUACCACGAAUUUGCCAAGGGCUAUACGACAGAAUUGCUGGGAAGUCUAAUUGGAACGAAGCUUCAUUUCGUACCGAAGUAAGCUAUCUGGAGAUUUAUAAUGAACGGGUCAGGGAUCUGCUCAGGAGAAAGUCGACCAAAAACUACAAUUUAAGAGUAAGAGAGCAUCCAAAGGAAGGUCCAUAUGUGGAAGACCUAUCAAAACAUUUGGUGCAGAAUUACAGUGAUGUGGAAGAACUUAUGGAAGCUGGAAAUGUCAAUCGAACCACUGCUGCCACAGAGAUGAAUGAUGUCAGCAGUCGAUCCCAUGCCAUUUUCACCAUCAACUUUACUCAAGCCAAAUUUGAUGCAGAAAUGCCAUGCGAAACAAUUAGCAAGAUUCACUUGGUUGAUCUUGCAGGAAGUGAAAGAGCUGAUGCCACAGGUGCCUCUGGCGUCAGAUUGAAAGAAGGAGGGAAUAUAAAUAAGUCUUUGGUCACAUUGGGAAAUGUCAUUUCUGCUUUGGCUGACUUAUCUCAAGAUGGGACAAAUUAUCAAACAAAGAAGAAACAAGUGUUUGUGCCUUACAGAGACUCUGUUUUAACCUGGUUAUUGAAAGACAGCCUUGGUGGAAACUCCAAAACAAUUAUGAUUGCCACCAUUUCACCAGCAGAUGUCAAUUAUGGAGAAACACUAAGCACACUUCGUUAUGCAAACAGAGCCAAAAACAUUAUUAACAAGCCUACCAUUAAUGAAGAUUCUAACGUCAAGCUUAUACGUGAGCUGCGUGCAGAGAUAGCAAGACUGAAAGCUUUACUCACUCAGGGGAAUCAGAUUGCAUUACUGGAUUCUCCGACGGCUUUAAGUAUGGAGGAAAAGCUGCAUCAGAAUGAAGCUAGAGUCGAAGAAUUGACUAAAGAAUGGACAAAUAAAUGGAAUGAAACACAAAAUAUCCUUAAGGAAGAAACUUUAGCUCUUCGAAAAGAAGGAAUUGGUGUAGUUUUGGAUUCCGAAUUACCUCAUUUGAUCGGUAUUGACGAUGACUUACUUAGUACAGGCAUUAUUUUGUAUCAUCUCAAGGAGGGCAAGACAUAUGUUGGACGAGAAGAUGCUGCUACCGAGCAAGAUAUUGUUCUCCAUGGCCUUGAUUUAGAAAGUGAACACUGCAUCUUUGAAAACCUGAAUAACAGAGUGACUGUAAUACCACUGAACGAUGCACAGUGCUCUGUCAAUGGGAAUCCUAUUAAAGAACCUACUAAAUUAAACCAAGGAGCUGUCAUACUGCUGGGGAGAACUAACAUGUUCAGGUUUAAUCAUCCCAAGGAAGCUGCUAAACUCCGGGAGAAAAGGAAGAGUGGAUUGCUGUCGACCUUUAGUUUGUCUAUGACAGACCUUUCUAAAUCGUGUGAAAGUCUUUCAACUGUCAUGCUUUACAACCCAGGUUUUUUCACUAUAAAGGGACCCAUUUGUCUAAGGCUUGAGUUUGAGAGACAGCAACGAGAGGAACUGGAAAAACUGGAAAGCAAAAGGAGACUAAUCGAGGAAAUGGAAGAAAAGCAGCAAACGGAGAAAUCGGAACUGGAGAAAUUGCAGCUGGAGGUGGAGUCGCAACGCAAAGAGACUGAAAUUGUGAAGCUGCGCAUCAGGAAACAAGAGGAAAGUCUGAAGCACAGGAAUUUAGACAUUGAGAGCAGGCUUAAAGAUUUGAUAGCUGAAAAGGAAAAAUUUGAGGAGGAACGGCAGAGAGAACAACUGGAAAUCGAGCUGCAAAAGAGAAAGCAGGAAGAGGAAAUUUACACGCGGGUCCAAAAUGAACUGCAGAAGUUGCAGGAACUCCAUGAGCAAGACAAAGCCGGUAAACUGGAGAUUCUCCGAGAACUGGAGAAGCUUAAGAAGGAAAAGGAUGAACAUAGCCAGAAAGUAGAACUGGCAAAGAGAAGGCUUGAAGAAGAAGCAAAAGAUCAACAGUCGCUGGUUACCCGACUGGGUGAACAGCUCAGAGACAAGCAGGAGACCAUCCAACUGCUCAAGCGAGACGACGUGCAAAGCAUCGAUGAAGAGAAAAACAUCCUGGAAGAAAUGAGGGAAAUUUUUCUCAAAGCUAAAGAAGCUCGACCUAACGGAGAUGAAGAGCCAGAAGACGUUCAAAGAGCAAAGCAAAGAUACGUGGACCUGAAAAGAGCGCAGCUGGAAAAAUUCACCGCUUUGGAAGAAGAUGCCUUUUGCCAAAAAGAGCUCCUGGAACAAGAAAUCCUGACUGAGCGUGAAGUCCUUGACCAGCUAAGGUAUUUGCAUCAAGAUUCUGUGACGGUUCUUCAUCAGGAUGGUGAGAGUGGUACGGUAGAUUCGAGCGAGUUGGUCGAAGCUGCGGAGAAAGACAAAGAGGUCGAGCAGCGGUUGCUGGACAAGGAACGGCAGCUGGAAUAUUUGACGCAAAACCAUUUGCCUGCACUGAUGGAAGAAAAGCAAAGAGCUGCAGAUAUCCUUGACCAAGGCCUCCACAGUUUGGACGUUGUACUCUUCCAGACUGAGAAGGAGAUUGAAGAAAAGGGGGAGCAAUUAGCGCAAUACAGAGCGAGUACUGAUCAGCUCCAGCAACUCCAACAAACGUAUGAGUUUACCGCUAAUAUAGCUCGGCAAGAGGAGAAAGUUCGAAUGAAGGAGAAGGAGAUUAUUGAACUGCGAGAAAAGCAACAGAGAGAGGCACUUGAGCAAGCUGUCGCCAAAAUAGAGAGGAGACAUGCCGCUCUUCAGCGCCAUUCAGCCAUUGACCUAGAGAUCGAGGAACAGAAGCAAAAGCUAGCGACGUUAAAUGGCUGUGAAGAAGCAGAUCUUCGAGAUAGUCUGGAGGCAGAACAGAAAGCUCUGGAACAAGACAGAGAAAGGCUAGAGCAAGAAAUUCAGCAGCUGAAGCAGAAACUGUGUGAAAACGAUGUGACGCUAAGGGUCUGUGGAACUGUGGAAGAUAAAUUGUCCUACCCCAGCUCUGCUAGCCCUAGCAUAUCUCCGUCAGUAACAAGUCCAGUAGUUGAUGACAGGCUAAAUGCAUACAUUGAAGAAGAGGUUCAACGACGACUGGCAGAAAAGGCAACAUUACAAAAAUCUCAUGAAGUAAAUGAUGCAGCUAGCCUCUCCCUUUCCAUAGAGCAGGAAAAUGGGAAUCUUCAGAAUAACAUGAACCAGCGCAAGCUGAAAUACGAGCGCUUGUUCUCUCGAUCACUGGAGAUUGGCCCAAACAACCUCAAGGAUCCGAUUAAAAUUAGUAUAUCCCGUUACGUCUUGCGUGGACAAGGGAAGGAUGAGCACUACGAGUUUGAGGUGAAGAUAACCAUUUUGGAUGAGACUUGGACAGUGUUUAGACGCUACAGUCGUUUCCGAGAACUGCACAGAACGAUGAAGAUCAAAUAUCCAGAAAUCGCCAGUCUAGAAUUUCCUCCCAAAAAACUAUUUGGUAAUCGGGAUGAAAGAGUCAUUGCUGAGAGACAAUCCCAUUUAGAGAGAUACCUCAGGAACUUUUUCGCGUUGAUUUUGAAGUCUCCAACCUCACCACUGAACCUAUACAAAGAAGAUUUUACAUUGUCGAAGCACACCCUCUGUGAGUUUACGCCAUUCUUCAGGAAAGGAGUUUUCGACUUCAGCAGUCACGGAACUGGAUAAUUAAAUGAGGAAAAAAACGGGUAGCAAUCAGGACCAAAAGCAGUGCCUUUUCACUUUCCAUCCAAAUCUUCUAAAUAUGCAGGCAGAUUAUCUCACAAUGAGCAUGUGCUGUUUCAUAUAUUUUUUAAAUAUUUAAAAAAAACACCUCCAUAAAGUUUAAAGUAUUCUACAUGUAAUAUCUAUAGGCUUUUUGUUUACUGUUUUGCUUCCACAGGCCAUUUAUAAUAGAUCUCUCCAGCAACUAAAUGUGGAUUCUUGCGGUGUAAAUAUUUCACCACACCAGUUGAAAAUGAUCUAUUCUUUACCCUCUGUUUAUCUCGAUAAGACAAAACAAAAGAUAUUUAUCUCAUCGUAAUUAUGACUUAAUCUACCACUUAAUUCUAUUCACUUUAUUAAAACUACAGAGAUCGACUUUGAAGAGAAAUAAGUUUGUUUAGAAAUAGGUUUACAGGUCCCUUAUGGUUCCAUGGUGACAUUUCUGGGGGGGAAAAAAAUAAAUGUUUGAUUCAUUUAUUUUGUUAUGUGUCCCACUAGUUUAAGACAAUUGUUUUAAAUAUUUGCAGCAAUCUAUAGUCCUAUGUGUCUCUGGGUGUGGACAGAGGCCUGAGUCUACAAGAAAAUAUCGAUCUUCCAUUUCUGCUCUUUUCUAUUCAAUCCUCUGGAACAUGUGGUAAAUUUGAUUGAUGGAAGUUAGUGGCUCACUUGGAUCUAGAACAAUGGGUAGUUAUAACUCCUCAAAACCCCAGUCCAAGCAAUGCAGCAGCUUUCGUGGCUCACCCAUAGCUAUGGCCAAGCUUUUGUUGUAUAGCGUUUGGACUAAAGUUUAGACAAAAUGUAGAACAUUUUAGACAAUAUUUCCCGUUACAGUAAAUUUAUAUUUAGUGUAGUACAAUUCUAAGAUGUUAUUCUCUAAUUAUUGCAAGAGCUACACGGGUAAUUGCUUUAUCUAAAUGUACUGUCGAUGCAGGGAAUUAAAAAUAAAAACAAAGCUGAAAAUAAUCGGGUCAGGUAGAGAGAGAGAGAGAAGCGUUCAAUGUUUGGAGUAGAUUAAAUGCUGAUGGUUGUAACAGAGGUGUUUUUCCUCCUGAUUCUCCUGUAUAAUUUCAAGCUUUGAGUUGAAGAUGAGCUCCAGGACACAGUUUUAAAACUUUUGCCGAAAUAAAUAAACCGGUACCUUCACAA